AUGAUGUUUAUUUCAGAAAUUCUUAUUUAUAUUGCUGUAGUCUUUGGGUGUGCUCAGAGAUGCAAUGGAUACACAAGAAAUGAGAUUGAAAAAACAUAUCCGGAUCUAGGACCAGAAAUUGUACUUUUUCCUGAUGAAAAUAAUAGCCCCAUUAUUGGUUACAUGAAAAUGGACAAUAAUAGUAGAUUAUUCGGUUUUUAUGAAAAAAAUAUAGAAGAAGAGGUCAAGUUUGAAUAUUUUUCGAGAGACUUUCCUAACGGAGUACCAAUAGAACACAAAACUGAUUUGGGCAAAUAUGUUAAUAUUUCCAAGCCAACAAAAUGUAUUACUCAUGGAUGGAUGUCAGGAGGAAGAAUGGACUCAUCAGUUCGUUUGAGAGACGGCUUUUUGUACAGACAUGACGCAAAUAUCUUGGUAAUGGAUUGGAGUGCAAUUUCUGGAAAUCCUUUUUAUCCCAUACCAAUGAUGGCGACGCCUGAUGUUGGAAGGCAUUACGGAACCUAUUUAAAUUAUUUAGUAGAUGAAUUAGGUCUAAAUCCGGAUGGUAUUCAUUUGGUAGGGCAUAGUCUAGGGGCCCAUGUUUCAGGAUUUGCUGGGAGAGAAGUCAAAAAUGGAAAAGUUGGGAGAAUAACAGGCCUAGAUCCCGCUUUGCCUGGAUUUGACAUGGGCAUAAAUCCCUCAGGAACUCUCAAUCAAAACGAUGCAAUUUUCGUGGAUAUUAUACAUACUUGUGCAGGUUUUCUAGGUUAUAAAACGCCACUUGGCCACGUUGAUAUUUAUCCUAAUGGUGGCGGACCCCCUCAACCAGGAUGCAAUGUCUUAGAGUUUAUUGAAGCUUGUAGUCACGGACGAUCAUGGAAAAUAUUUGCUAGCUCUCUUUUCAACAAUAAACCAUAUAUCGCUACCAAAUGCCCAAGUUUUGAUGAUUUAGAUAAGAAAAAAUGUUCUGGAAAACAGAUACCAGUUGGUGAUGCAACUUCAUCAGAUACGAGAGGAAUAUAUUACAGUCAAGUUUCUGAAGCAGAUUUAAUGUAUAAUGCUACCAAUAAAAACUGAG